CUGCAUAUUCAUCAGACCGUGGGAGCGACAGCGCUGCGGUUGGAAGACUAAGACGGAGCUCGGCUUUCUCGCAGCUGGAUGGAGACCGACGGUCGGGCCCACACAGAUGUGAAUUGUCGCCACCGUCGAGCGUGUCACUCGCAGCCAAAGUCCAGUGACUGACUCGCGUCCUCCGCGGACGCUGAUAUCGCGGCUGCACACAUGACAGACGUUCAGAACCUUUUUUGAAUGAAUUAGUUCUUAUCAGCACGUGCGCGGCCGUACGCUACAGCGAUGGAGUCUAUUUUAGACACUUUAACGUCCGAUAAACUCUACCAACCUGGAGGCACGCACCUGUUGGACCUGGAGGAACUCCACGAGGGAGAUUUCCUCACCAACGUGCCAUUCUCAGGUGACCAGAUGGACGACUUCAGCAGCGAAUUAUUCAGCAGCUUCUUUGAAGACCACCUGCUAGACCGCCCCCUGCUGGCAGACAGACAUUCUUUCCUCCACAUGGAAACAAACAGCAGUCCAGACAUCCAAGGUGAACACAGCUACUCUUUGAGUGAAGACUCCGCCCCGCAGAGCCCCGCCCUGUCAGUCAAGAUGGACCAAGACUCUGAAUUUGAAUGGAGCUUCAGUCAGGACCUGACGAGCAUCUUAGUGAAACAAGAGGAGCCAGAUGUGGCUCAAAGGUCAGAUCCGCAGCCUAUGGAAGGCCCACCGCUUAUCCUAAGCCCCGCCCCUGCUCGGAAAGGGUCGCUAUGGAGACACACAGUGCGCCCACCGGAUGAAGUUAAGACUGUGGCUAUUAAAGAUGAGCCCAGAGAGAUGGGACAGUACCUCUGCCUGCCCACCGAUGAUGCCCUGCAGCUUCCACCCACUCCUCCCAGCAGCAACCACGGUGACAGUGACGGCUCCCUGCCGCCCUCCUCCCCGCACCUCGCUCUGCCUCCGUCUUCCCCGCAACCACAACAGAGGCCAGCGGGCCGUGGCUCCGCAUCCUCCUCCUCAUCCACGGCCAUCUCGUCUUCGCCUCUACUAACUGCCCCACACAAACUGCAGGGUUCCGGACCCCUCUUGCUGACAGACGAAGAGAAACGGACUCUCGUUGCUGAGGGAUACCCUGUACCCAACAAACUUCCUCUCACCAAGAGUGAAGAGAAGGCUCUGAAGAGAGUGAGACGAAAGAUUAAAAAUAAGAUCUCAGCUCAGGAGAGUCGGCGGAAGAAGAAAGAAUAUGUGGAAUGUCUGGAGAAAAAGGUGGAGAACUACACGUCAGAAAACGGUGACUUGUGGCAAAAAGUGGAAAACCUGGAGACGGCCAACAGAACACUUCUCCAUCAGCUCCAGAAACUCCAAUCGCUUAUUUCAGGGAAAGUUGUCCCGCGCACUUGCAAAAUGGCCUCGACUCAGACAGGGACAUGCCUGAUGAUGAUGGCACUGUGUUUUGUCCUGGUGUUGGGUUCCUUCUCUCCUUGCCUCUCCCCUCUCUCCUUCUUCACUCACGCCUCUUCUUCCUCCUUACAUCCUUCUUCCCCUCCCUCUCAACAGUCAGCGGACCUGUACACCUCCACUAACGUCCGCUCCCGCAGCCUACUCUUCUUCGACGAAGGGUCUCCACUGGAGGGAACUCCCGCAACGUUACUGGUGGAGAGGCUGCGGUCGCAAAACCACAUCCAGACGAGCCGCCACACGGCUGAUGUCCACAAGAACCAGACAAGCGGGCCCAAGUCGGACCAUAGAGAAACUAAACCAAACGACGGUUCAGGUUUCUUCUGACAGCUCGGACCGCCACAGCUGACCCUCCCUCAAGCUUCACGUAGUCCGCCCAAGCCACCAUUGGCACAUAUUUUAUAUAUAACAUAUUUGAAGAUCUCACAUUGUUACAUGGAAAUAAUGACCUCAUAAAUCUCUCUCAUGUUGUUAUAUCAGCACACAUUGCCCGACACUGUUGGCUUCUCCUCAGCUUGCGCACUCUGCUAACAUGGUUCAAACUCGACAUGCUCGUUUGUGUCCUCUCACACAGGAAGCCUUUCAAGUGCCUUCCAUUCAUAUUCAAACCACUUGGCCUUAUACGAUUGAGUCAAGAGUGCCAACUUAAUACCCCGCAAAUUGAAUGUUUAUCUAUAUAUUAUCACAACGUCAAUUCAUUUGUGGCUAUGAAAGCUUUGUGAGUUCUAACUGCAUUCAAGAGGUCUCUCCUCAACCUGACUUCAUGGCAUUCAUUUUGCAACCCAUAAAUUCUACACCUGUAUUUUCCUACUGAAGAGUUCUGACAGGAGGGCGGGAAACGUGACGUAAAGUAUUUUUAUGAAAUUAAAAACUGUGUGUGUGUGUACAUAGUUGCAGCAUAAAAAAAUAGCAUAUUUAAAUUAUGCAACAAAAAAUAUUGUUUUAAAUGUUUGUUCACAUAUUAUCACGUUGGUUUUCUAUGGUAGAUACUUUUAAAAAUGACAAUAUUGCUUCAUAAUAUAUUCAAGCAUUAAAAAAGAGCACAUUUAUGGUCUACAAAAAAAUAAAAUGACAU